AACUGGUGAUAUUUAAGCCUCCACUUCCUCCAUUUCCCAUCUUCUAGCAGCUCCCACCACAGAGAGAGUGAGAGGAGAGAGAAACUCGCAGCAACAACAAUGGUGUCUUUGAAGCUUCAAAAGCGGCUCGCCGCUGAUAUCCUCAAGUGCGGUCGUGGCAAGGUUUGGCUUGAUCCUAAUGAAGGCAAUGAAAUUUCCAUGGCUAACUCUCGUCAAAACAUCAGAAAGUUGGUUAAGGAUGGUUUCAUUAUCAGGAAGCCUACCAAGAUUCAUUCAAGGUCUCGUGCUCGUCGUAUGAUGGAGGCAAAGAGGAAGGGUCGUCACUCAGGACACGGUAAGCGUAAGGGUACCAGGGAGGCAAGGCUUCCAACCAAGAUUUUGUGGAUGAGGAGGUUGAGAGUUCUCAGGAGGUUGCUCCGUAAGUACCGAGAGUCAAAGAAAAUUGACAAGCACAUGUACCAUGACAUGUACAUGAAGGUGAAGGGUAAUGUGUUCAAAAACAAGCGUGUAUUGAUGGAAAGCAUCCACAAGACCAAGGCUGAGAAGGCAAGAGACAAGACCUUGUCUGACCAAUUUGAGGCUAAGCGUGCCAAGAACAAGGCUAGCAGGGAGAGGAAGUUGGCCCGAAGAGAGGAGCGUUUGGCUCUGGGACCAAAUGCUGAAGCACCCAAACAACCUGAAGCUGCUGCCGCUCCAGCAGCUGCUCCUAAGCCAACACAGGCCAAGAAAGCAAAGAAGUGAAGUGAUAGUUUCAAGACCUGAUGAGGAAACUUAGGGUGGUCUGUGGACCUUGUUAUUUUGUUAGCAUAGUAUCUUUUUUUGCAGCUAAUAUGUUUUGUGGAUCUUGUUAUGUUAUGACUGAGAUAGAGUUGCUUGAUAAUCCUGAUACUCAGGUUGAAAUGUAUUACUUUCUUUUCACAUCUUAAAUUGGUUUCAUGUUAUCAGCUGUUCAGGGUAUAUGAUUUGGAGCGUCGUUUCUAUUGCUA